UGACUUUUUGGUGACGAACUCUACGCGAUACUGGGAUCAGGCCAAACACAACGCUCUCAUUAUCAUGCAUACGCGAGAAAUAAUCGUACAAAAAUUUGCAGAAGUGAAUUCACCCUUUACAUUUGCUCAAGUUGUUAAUGAUAGAAAAGUUUCUUGCGAUUUCAUUGAAUGGGCGUUGAUUAAAAUCGAUCGUAGGCUAGAAAACUUUGUUUCACAAAAUAAUGAAAGAAAUUUUGCGUUUAAUUCAAGUAAACCACAAACAGAAAGAGUUCAAACAGAUUUAGUUCGAAGGGUGGCUUUGAUUGGAUUAUGUAAACCGGCAGAAAUAGAUUUGAUUGAGGGAACUGCACCUCAUGAUCGUUUAAUUGGAUUCCAUUAUAACCUAUUUUCCGUACUAAAAGUUUCUCGGAUGCUUAAUAAUGAUGAAAUUAAAUCGGAUGAAUUAGCGAAAUCUUGCUCUUUAAUGGAUGGUUUAACCGCAAAUUGUGACUUGAUGAAUAAAGUUGUAGAUCAACAAUUUGAAUUAUUUCCAAGAGACGUAGAAUUAAUGAUUGGCAAUGCAAAAUGUACCGGUAACAUAUGUAGUAAAGUUGACAUCAGUACACUUCAAAACUCUAAGGAAAAAGAAAAGCAAUUAAUUCAUAAUAUACAAACGGAAUUAAAUUGCAUGCAAGAGCGGCAUGCUCAUGAACAAGAUUCGAAUCAGCAAACCUUGAACAAACUUGCUCAAGUCACUAAAGAACUCAUGUUACAACUGGAAAGAUUUUACAAAAUUUAUGAUAAUGAGAUUGAACCUUGGGUAAGAAAAGAUCAAAAAAAAGUUGUUAAUGGAUUGAGUUUACGGGUACAUGAAGCAAAUUUAAAACUUGAUAGUUUGCGGCAAAGGCUUAAAGACUUCGAAAUUAUCCACACAUCAUACGAAGAUAUUAUUUCCCACCUUCCAAGCACUAUAAAACCACAAACAGCGGAUAAUCAUAUAAGCGUGUCAUCUGCUAAAUCAAACAUGAUUACAAUCAAUAACUGGGGUGAGGCUGGUUUAGAGGCGAUAGAAAGAUUACAUAAUGUUGAGAAAGUGUUGAGAGAUAGUAUU